UUUUUAAAACCACCUUGGUUAGCAGAUUACUUGGGUGACCCACUGGGCACUCCAUUGAUAGGUGUAUGUAGUGGAACAGGCUGGGACGUUUCACCGCACCAAAUGAGGUCAAAAGGUUCCAAACAACACUACCUACACGGAACCCGAUAUUUUCGUGCUAUUGCCUCGGAGAUACAGCCGCCCCCCAACGUGCCUGUGACCUCAACCAUGAUAAAACCACACUGGACAAAAACGUGUUUAUUCGCCCAACUCAGAAACACGGAAGCGACUCCAGCAAACCACGUAACGAUCGUCUGAAAUAUUUCAACUCGCUCAUAUAUAUAGAACGUGAGAGAAUGCAGCGGAAAAGAAUCUUAGGGCAACGUCAUCGUUACUGAUGCGAGGAAUUUAGCCUUUUACAUCUAUAACGUUACGUGAAGUAACGCUCAGCUUUCUAUAACGUUGCAGUGAAGCUUUCUUACAAUGGCUGUCACGCACAGAAAAGUCGCCUGUUGUGUUCUAGCGAUAUCUCUGUUGCUUUUUGUAUUGAGCAUCGUUCAUCUCAACAGUGAUCCUAUGUCAGAAGAUGAACCAGAGCUCUUUGUGCAGUUCAAGAAGUCAGGGAAGGAAGACGUUGAAAGCGAAGAAGGUGAACGACACUUCCAAUUACACGGACACAACAAACAAGGACAUACGACAGCGUCGGUACAAGACAGAGAUGCAGAAGAAGAGGACUAUGAAGGAGAAGGCAUUGGGGAGGGGGGCGAAGCGGAGGAGAGCAAUGAUAGCAAAUUGUCCUUCAGUGUGGUAUACAUGCAGCAUCUUACUGAUGAAUCUGCCAACGGUCCCGUAUAUUCAGGCUACAUGGCCGGGUUCGUGCUGACAGUUUCUGCUGUAGUGGUGCUGGGAGUUGCAGUCAGAGGUGCGAUGUUUCUCAAAAGACGUGGAAAGAGAAGAUCAACAAUAUCCUGAUGUCAUCGCCACUGUAGAUCACAGGUCGAUAUACGCAUCACGCAUGCGGCAUCAUACCGCAAUUCUGUGACUGGUAGAUCACAGGACGAUAUACGCAUCACGCAUGAGCAUCAUACCGCAAUUCAUCCUAGGAAACAUGUCCGUUCAUUCAACGUCAUCAGGCUGAGAAAUAUCGUACAUAAACUUGUCUUUCUUCCAAGUCAAAACAACUGGAAGGAAAUAAAAACAACCGUCUACUACCCUGUUUCAAAUGCCAGCACCUUUUUACCUAAGACGCAACUACGGUAGUGAGAAAAUAGAUUCAUAGGGUCGCUACUGAAAUGACAAAACAUGCCAAACAAUGAAAGAAAAUUAUUACUUAUCUAUGAGAGUGGUAUAUGUAUAGAAGGAAAACGCAAAAAUCUUAUUAAUCCUUCAAUCAUGGAAUGCAUACACAAUUCAAGUAGGCACUUCUUGGUUAAUAACUAUUUCUGACAUAAUCACACAAAGUUUCAAGCUAUAGCUAUAUCUCUUAUAUUAUAUAGUUAUAAUAAUUACAAAAAGUAUUUAAGCAACUUGAUUAGUUUUCAAAACGGACAGACGCUUUAGACAUCUUCACCUGUCUUUCGUCAGUCAAAAAUGAAGAACAUUACUAGAAUUGCACAUCGCACGAUCACACAGGCUAUGAUGACAAGAUUAAACCCUGAGUUUCCAAAGAGGUAGUUCAUGAGAAACGAGGCUCAUGUAACUAUGGGGAUCAUCACUGUCUAGACCGCCCGAUAUCCGUCAGCACAGGGCACUGAGGACCUUUGCUGUUUACAGAAGUUGUCUGUCAAAAACAGUUCAAGAGGCAUUCAGGUCGUUACAAGAAAAACGUUUCUGGUCACGCCAAGACGAAGAUCUCGACAUGCAUCUUCAUUUACCGUCACAACAUGUAUAUAUGUCUGCAGCCUCUAGUGGAAAUUUAAAGAAAAUGGAACAUUGACCGUAUGAUCAGCUGGAAGCUAAAGGGCCAAAAUUCUCCUAGUAGAUUAAUGAAGAUCAACUAUUCUCAGAUCAACAAUCCUUUGUUCCCAAGGAUCUAGGUCUCCACAGUGAAGGUGGACGUCUGAAAAAAUGUUGCGUUUCCAGCUACCUGAACGACACUAGCAAAAACCCUGCCGGCCUUUUUUGGGGGGGUUGGCGGCAGGCAAUUGACGUAAAUCUUUUUUUGCCUCUGAGUGAUGAAGACAAAUCAGAAUUCAAGUCUUGCAAGUUUUCUUACAGACGUCCUGUGUUUCUCUGUCUGUUAAUAGACUAAGUCUUAAGCAAUUGAUGAAACAAUGUG